AUGUCUGCAGCUAUGGAUAGGGCUCUUAUGGCUCUCUCACUGGAAGAAGAGGAAGAGGAAGUUCCGUUUGUCAUGCCGGAGCUCCCUGGUUUUAGUUCUACAGAAGAAAAUGCGCUAAGCCUCAUCGGGAGGACUCUCAAUCCAGAAUGUCAAAAAAUCUCUGGGUUAAUUCUCACUAUGCCAAGGAAGUGGCAGAAGGAAGGUCGAGUUAGGGGGGUAGCGUUGUCGGAAGAAAAGUUCCAGUUCAUCUUUAAAAAUGAACAUGAUCUGAUAGAUGUGUUAGAGAAAGGGGUCCAAACUUUCAAUGAGUGGGCGAUUGUCUUGGAAAGAUGGGUGGAGAACCCACCAGAUGACUAUCUUCAGUUCAUCCCCCUUUGGGUCCAGAUAAGCAAAAUCCCAGUCAACUUUUACACUGAGGCUGCUCUCAUGACUCUAGGGGAAAUGCUAGGUGAAGUUAAGGUUCUUGCCUUCGAUCCUACGAAACCUAUCACUCAGCCCUUCAUUAGGGUUCAGAUUCGCUUCAAUGUUGCUAAUCCUCUGAAGAUGGCGAGGGUUCUGGAUAUGGGAGGAGGCAAAACUCAUACGAUACAUUUCGAUUUCGAGAAGCUCCAGAAGAGAUGUUAUACCUGCAAGAGGCUGAAUCAUGAGAAACAAGUCUGCCCUUUGGAGAUCAAAAAACGUCAAUCUGAUGCUACGCGGAGAAGAGAAAGGAUUAUAGCUGAAAAGUUCAAAGAUAACAGUGUUCUGCAACAGAAUGAUCCUCUCUUCGGGGUGCUGGAAGAAGAGCAGGUUGACAAGGUGAAGAAAUCAGUUAGAGAAGUCGAGAAAGAUCCUCUGUUACAGAGGACCAUUCUGAGACUAGAGCAAGCUCCGGUCUUUACUACAGAGUUAAACAAAGGCAAAGGACCAGUGUUUGACUACGGAGAGAAGGAGAUGGUUCGACGUAAUUGGGACAUCAAUGCCAAGCCGACCAAACUCUUGGCUGAUUCCAUGAAGGCUAACAGAAAUGUCGUGCUCACAGAUUCUUCACCGAGAUACAAUAUUGGUUCGAAUGAUGAAGCUGAAGGUUACUAUCUGGACACUUCUUCUGUCAGUCUUACGGUUUUUCGAGCUGAGUUCUCUAAACCUAGUUCUUCCGGGACUGUUAGAAAACGUGGGCCGGUAAGGAGAAGACCACCACGAGCUCAAAGACAGAGACAGAUGCUAGCUCUCACUGCUGGGAAUGAGGUUCAAGUAGGUGAGAGAAGAGAAGGGAAACAGGAAGUUGGAGCGAGAAAGAGGAAGAAGAUUAACCAAGGAACCGAGGAAGUUCCAUCCAUCAAGGCGCAAUGCUUAUCGGUGAUCCCACGUGAGGGAUCGCCCCCUACCCAAUGA